AUGCAUCGCAUUGUGAAUCCACUUUUAAAGCACAUCAUACACCGGAGUUACCUUGACCCUACUUUGAAAAAACAGUGUCUUCAAUAUCUAAAGACACUAAGAACUCUGCAGUUCAGUGGAUACAAUACCAUAUAUUUAGGAGAAACUGACAUUUUGGAAAGCCUAAUCACAGGGGAAAAGGUUCCUCAAGAUGGGAACCUCAACUGGCCUGUAUGGACAAUCGUACAUGCUGCUAGCAGUCAAGGAUGGGUACCGUGGAAAUACAGAGUGUUCCUAAGAGACGAUUUACCUUUAAACCAGCAAGAAGACGUCUUCCAGGAGUUAUGUGACUUCUUGUCUGUAACCUAUGGAAAGUGUGCCAUUGUGGUCAGGGAGAAAAGGCCACCAAGAGUGAAAAAUGAAGAGUCCAGUCAAGAGAAGGAGAUAAGUGAGCCUCAGCCUGAAUCUCCCCUGUACUUAUCCAGUAUCAAGUGCUGCCUAGAGGUUGCCAAGGCCACAGGUCAUGAACUUCUCUCAGUGCCUUUCCCUUACAACUACCUCCACCCUAUGGAUACUGCCUGGUCAUCUUUAAAGUGGUUUGUCAUCAGUAACAGAAAGGACUAUUCUCUGAAGUCCAUACAGACGACCUACUCAUAUCAGUGCAUCCUUUUCAGUGACUUGAUUGGAAAAGGAAUAGAGAAAAUGAGCCCUAGCAAAUGGAAGGCAGCAGUUAGCAAAGUGCGGCGAUGGGAAAACUACUACCUGGACAAGUUUUCCUAA